CCUCCUCCUCCUCUCAGCCCGGCGGGGUUUACAACUUGUACGCUUCUCGCCUCGCCUCGCCCCCGGAACUGGCCGCCGACGGAGCGUCUUGGGGGCGCAGCCGAGGGAGGGCGAGCAUGGGGCGCGCGAGCCUCCUCUGGGCGCUGCUGGCGCUGGCGGUCCCGCGGGGUUUCUCCCUCCUCUUUCCCUUCGGCGCGGGGCGAGGCGACGCGGAGCUGGAGCCCGGGGACGACGGCGUGAGCUCCCCUCCCCUCGAGCUCCGCACCCCGCUGCACUUCUACGGCUCCCCCGUCGACUCCCUCUAUAUUCUUACCAAUGGCAUUAUUGCAGUAAGUGAGCCAUCAAGAGAAGAAGAUUAUCUUGGCCAAUUUCCUCUCAGUUUUGGAGGCAUCGCUCCUUUUCACGCUGAUUUGGAUACAACUGGUGGACAGGGGAGGGUUUAUUAUAGGGAAGAUUCAUCCCCUGACAUCCUCCAGCUUGCUGCCAAGUAUAUUAAAAAGGGCUUUCCAGAGAGUUCCUUUGACCCAAGCAGUGUUGUCAUUGUUACCUGGGAUUCUGUGGCUCCUUAUGCAGGACCUGGAGAAGAUACCAGUUUACAAGUGAAGAGAAACACGUUCCAGGCUGUUCUAGCAUCUUCUGAUUCCAGUUCCUAUGCAGUUUUCCUUUAUCCAGAAGAUGGUUUGCAAUUCUACAGUACGCACUCUAAAAAUGAUAAUGAAAUUGUUCCAGCUACUGUUGGUUUUAGUCAACCUUCCACAAAUUAUUAUUUAUGGGUUAGACCCGGAUCUUACAAUAUAGUUGCCAAUGAUGAAGAGAUGCUUGGGAAUCUACAUAAGAGCAGCAAUAUCGGAAAACAAGGAGUCUGGGCAUUUGAAAUCAGUGGCUCAGAGAGUAUCCUGUCAGCCAAAGCUACGCAGACUCCUGCUAGUGUCGAGUAUGGUGACUAUGACCAAUUCCAGGAGGUAACUACAGACCCUUCUAUACCAAAUGAAGGUUCCAUCGAGAUAAGCCAGCCAGAAGUAUCCUAUGAGAUUUCUAGUAGAGGAGAUAACGUGCAUACUAGCUACAGCGUGCCUCAGCCAGGAGCAGAAGAUGCCUUUCAGUCUCCAUAUCAAACAGAAUAUCCUCCAGUAGAGCCUCCACUUCCAACAGGGAAAAAUCCACCUCUUCAGUUUCCAGCUCAGCAGUUUCCACAACAACAUGGCCAGAUUAUUGAUGUGGAAGAAGUUGAUGAAACUGGAAUCGUGUUUCGUUACAGUACAGAUGUUCAGCAAACCUGUGCAAACAACCGUCAUCAGUGUUCAGUUCAUGCUGUUUGCAAAGACUAUCCAAAUGGCUUUUGUUGCAGUUGUGUUGCUGGUUACAAAGGGAAUGGCAAGCAGUGUGUAGCAGAAGGUUCACCUCAGCGGGUUAAUGGCAAAGUCAAAGGACGAAUCUUUGUAGGAAACAACCCAGUGCCAAUUGAAUUUGAGAAUACUGAUCUCCACUCAUAUGUCGUGAUGAACCAAGGGCGUGCAUAUACCGCCAUCAGUACAAUUCCUGAAACUUUGGGUUUCUCCUUACUUCCUCUUGCCUCCAUUGGGGGUAUCAUUGGAUGGAUGUUUGCAGUGGAACAGCAAGGUUACAAGAAUGGAUUCAGUAUCACUGGCGGUGAGUUUACAAGACAAGCUGAAGUCACAUUUAUUAGCAACAAUGAAAAGUUGACUGUUAAACAAAAGUUCAGUGGAAUUGACGAACAUGGUCAUCUUACAAUCAACACAGAACUUGAAGGCAAAGUCCCAGAGAUUCCGUUUGGUUCUUCUGUACACAUAGAGCCCUAUACGGAGCUCUAUCAUUCUUCUACAUCUGUUAUUACAUCAUCAUCUACAAGAGAGUACACUGUAACAGAACCAGAAAGAGAUGGAGUAUCUCCAACUUACACCGUUCCCUAUCAGUGGCGACAGACAAUCUCAUUUGAUGAGUGCAUUCAUGAGGACUCUCAUCAACCUAUUUCAGCCACUCAGCAACUGUCAGUGGACAGCAUCUUUGUUUUGUAUAACAGAGAAGAACAGAUCUUGCGAUACGCAAUGAGCAAUUCAAUCGGCCCAAUUGAAUCAGGUGAUAUAAGCCGGAAUCCUUGCUACAUUGGCACCCAUGGUUGUGAUAUCAAUGCAGUUUGUCGUCCAGGAACAGGCAAUCAGUUCACCUGUGAAUGCUCAGUGGGCUUCCGAGGAGAUGGGCGUACAUGUUAUGAUAUAGAUGAAUGCUUGGAGCAGCCAACCGUGUGUGGCAGCAAUGCAGUUUGCAGUAACCAGCCAGGAACUUUCCGAUGUGAGUGUCUAGAAGGAUACCAGUUUUCAGCUGAUGGACGAACAUGUGUGGCUGUGGAACGUGACAUUAAUCACUGCCUGACAGGCACCCAUAAUUGUGAUAUCCCCCUACGUGCCCGCUGCAUAUAUGCUGGUGGUUCUUCUUACCAUUGUACCUGCCUGUCAGGCUUUUCUGGAGAUGGACGCUCCUGUGUGGAUGAAGAUGAAUGUCAGUUGAAUCGCUGUCAUCCAGAUGCUUUUUGCUAUAACACACCAGGCUCCUUCACAUGCCAGUGUAAGGCAGGCUAUCGUGGGGAUGGUUUCCAGUGUGUGACAGGAGAAUCAGAGAAAACAAAAUGUCAGCGGGAACAGGAACAAUUUGUGGCUCUUGGUCCAAGGGGACCCAGGCCUGUUGGCCAGUUUAUUCCUCAGUGUGAUGUGUAUGGAAAUUAUUUGCCAACCCAAUGCCACAGAAGCACUGGAUAUUGUUGGUGUGUAGACAGAGAUGGUAAUGAAAUUGAUGGAACGAGAAGUGGCCCAGGAAUCAGACCACCAUGUCUAGGCACAGUUGCCCCUCCUGUUGUUGUUGGUCCCUCUGUAAAACCAGAUACAUUCCCUCUGCCUCCAGGAACGCACUUACUCAUUGCUCAGAGUGGAAAAAUUGACCAUGUCCCUCUAGAAGGGAGUGAUAUGAGAAAAUCAGAUGCGAAAGCUUUGCUAUAUGUACCAGAUAAAGUUGUUAUUGGUGUUGCUUAUGACUGCAUGGAGAAAAUGGUUUACUGGACAGACAUCAGCACCCCAUCCAUCAGUAGAGCAAGUUUGGGUGGAGGAGAGCCAGUAUCCAUUAUAAAAACAGACUUGGAGACUCCAGAAGGAAUAGCACUGGAUUACCUUGGGCGCACUAUCUUCUGGACUGAUUCUCAGCUCGACAGAAUCGAAGUAGCAAAGCUAGAUGGCAGCCAGCGUCGAAUACUCUUUGACACUGGCCUUGUGAACCCUAGAGCCAUCGUGGCCGAUCCUAUGAGAGGAAAUCUUUAUUGGACCGACUGGAACAGAGAGGCUCCUAAAAUAGAAACAUCAUACAUGGAUGGCACAAAUAGAAAGAUUCUAGUUAAAGAUGAUUUGGGGCUACCAAAUGGACUGACAUUUGACACAUACGCUUCGUUGUUGUGUUGGGCAGAUGCAGGCACCAAAAGGGUUGAAUGUAUGGAUCCCAAUCAACUUGUUCGGCGAAGAAUCCUUGAAGGAAUCCAGUAUCCCUUCAGUAUUACAAGUUACGGAAAGAAUUUGUUUUAUACAGACUGGAGAAGAGAUGCUGUGGUAGCCGUGGACCGCACAAUCUCAAAAGAGAGCGAUAACUUCCAGCCACACAAGCGCACUCGUCUUUAUGGAAUAACUGCAGCCUUGGCUCAGUGUCCACAAGGGCGUAACUAUUGUUCAGUGAACAAUGGAGGUUGUACUCACCUGUGCCUGGCUACUCCAGGGGGACGUUCUUGCCGGUGUCCAGACAAUACCAUUGGAGUGGAUUGUAUAGAAAGAAACUGAGAGCUACAAGGCGGAACACAUCAAGGCAACUGCCAUGUCUGGAAAAAUCCUGUCAGUUACUAGUUGAAUGGCCAGUAGUCACAUACAAGGAAAGAUCCUGAAUAGAAGAUUUCGGUGCUGCCUACAGCUAGAAGGCACAAAAUACACAUGUAAGAACCAGCCAUUGGUAUAGUGGAACACUGGCAUACCUGCAACCAUACCUUCUAUACCUUCCUCUUUGUUUAAAAAUACAAAUGCGAUGGCUAGCUGUACCUCCUGGUCAAAUGGUUGUACAAACUGUAAUAUGAAGUAAUGAACAGCAAUUAGAAGCCAGCAUCUAGAAUACCCACUAUAUCCAUUACUAUCUUGACCAUUCAUUUGAAAAUUAACUUUCCAUAAUAGCCUACAACUGAUGCAGCCAAGUUUUGAACAUGAGUUUCAAGAGUGGAGUUAAAAUGUAAA